AUGUCGGCCCUCAAAUCAAGUACCCCAAUGAUGGCGGUCCGAAUGGUCUUCUGCACCGUAGUCUUUCUCGUCGGUGCAUUUUCCACAAGGCUAUUGCAGGGAGUGGCGUGGCUCUUUUUCUCUGGUGUUCCUCAAUGGUAUUAUGCGUUCAUUGAGGUUCUGAAGGUGCACUUCUUAGUUCUAAUUACCUUCAUCACCUCCAUCGUAAGCCCAUGUAAGUUUGAGGUUAGCUAUCACAAGAAUAAUCUUCCAGAAACCACCAAUUUCCGAUUAGACGGUAGGGGAAAUUUGAUCUCGACCCUCUCUCCCAAUUCGGUGUUCAUUUCUAACCAUCAGCUCUACACGGACUGGAUGUUCAUCUGGUUCUUAUCGUACACUGCAAACUUGGCCCAUGGCGUGUAUGUUGUAGUGAAGGAACAGUUGGUCAAAGCACCGAUUGUUGGCCAGGGUAUGCUCAAUUUCCGGUUUUUGUUCCUUCUGCGGAAAUGGGAGGAUGACAAGAUCCGCAUGACAAAUCAGCUCUUGGAGAUUGAUGCAGAGGCCCGUGGCUUUGGUCCAGCUCUGGCUGUGCAAGUCGUAGCAUCAUCGAACUCUAAGGCUCCUGGGAUCAAGGUGUGGCCUGCCGGCCAUUCCAAGAAGGUGGAGCUUUUACACCCAUACCAUUUGUUCAUAUUUCCUGAAGGCACCGUUGUAGCUAAACACACUCGCGAUCGUUCAGACAAAUACAUCGCAGAGCUAGGCCAGGCUCCACUUAAGCAUGUCUUAUUUCCCAGGGUAAGGGGUCUCUUUUUGGCUUUGAGACUGCUCCGACACUCUGUGGAUGUCGUCUAUGAUGUCACUUUCGGAUACAGCGGCUUGAAAGCCGAAGACUACGGCGAGGACAUAUACACUUUGAAGGCUAUGUUUUUGAUGGGAAAUGGUCCCCGCAAGAUUAGCUCAUACAUACGAAGCUUUGCCGUGAAGGAUAUUCCUCUCGGAGAUGACGAUAGCAUUGUUGAUAUCGAUCAACUUGAUCCAAAUAUUAUGAAGGAAUUCGAGCAAUGGCUCUUCAAAGUGUGGUAUGAAAAGGACCAGCUUAUGGCAAAGUUUUUCGAAACGGGCGCCUUUGUUGACGACGACGACCUUUCUGCUCAGAAGAUAGUCGCCGACUUCAAGACACGCAGUGUAUGGGAGAAUUUAUCUCCAUUCAUUACUUUAGGUUGUUUGGUUCUUAUGUGUUACUGGGCCGUUGUUUUGAUUAAGAGAGCUAUAAGCUAG